CGCCCGGGACGCUGCCGCCUCCUUCCCACAAUGCACCCUGACGCCCGGGGGUGCCCUCUCUUCCCUCAGCCUCCCUCCCCGCCCUCCUUUCCGCCGACUUUUAAGCGGGCGAGCACGCGCACUGAAAAGAGCCUGCCGGGGUGUGGCGAGAUAGAGCCGCGACAAGGCGCAGGCGGACACUGCGCCUGCGCGCAGCCUAACUCGCAGGGUGGGAAUUGCGCAUGCGGACCAGCGCCGGGGACUAGAGCAAGCGAGUCCUGGGUUGUUCUGUAAUCGCCUUACACCCCUAAGGGCAACGAAAUCAGGACGACUUUGGUGACUGAUUUGCAAGCUCAGUGGCAAAACUGUGAGCACCGGCUGGACCCAAACGUGGGUUGUGGAGGAUUUACUAUUGCCCAACUUUGCAUCUACUCAUUGGCCCCGUUAGCAUCUCAGAUUGAGCCUCCCUAGCCUCGACUACAUGUUAAGCGGGGGAAAACUCAGAAAAGCACUGUUUCCUGGCGAGGCUUCCAGAGGAUCAAAAGAAUAGCGACAUGAUUAUGUCUACUGUCCUAUAGAGAUUGGUCCCUCUGUCUUCCUCUCACGAUUGUGACCUGUUAAUGUUCCGGUGUUGUUUAAUGACAAAAUGAGUGAUCGCUAUUUAGAACAAAGGAUUAGUAUCAAAUUUUGCGUAAAAUUGAGCAAGUCUGCAAGUGAGACCCACCAUCUGUUAAAAGAAGCCUAUGGGGAUGAAGUCAUGUCAAGGGCUCGAAUUUUUGACUGGCACAAAAGGUUUAAAGACGGGCGGGAAGAUGUUCGAGAUGAUGCACGAAGUGGUCGUCCGGUCACCCACAGAACAGAUGAAAAUAUCCAGAAAGUCAAGAAUUUGGUUUGUUCAAACAGGCAAUUAACAGUGAGGAUGAUGGCUGAAGAGUUAAAUUUAGAUAAAGAAACUGUUAGACUUAUUCUGAAAGAAAACUUGAACACGAGGAAGGUUUCUGCCAAAGUUAUGUCAGGUAUUUUGAAGGACGAAUCUAAACCUGGAAAACUUGAGUUUCAGUCUGAUCUUUCAAAAAAAACUAGGAAAAGUAGCUCAUUGAUGAGUAAGAAGGCAACAAGUUCUGAAACAUGGAGUCAUCUGCAAGAAGAAGCUGGUGAAUCCCACCCCCAACUCUACUGUCCUGCUAGCCAGCUUCUGCAGGCCUCAUCUUCAGCAAGCCCUUCCAGCCAGUUGGCUCAGGCUUGGUUCACAUCAUGGUGAAAUGAGAGGAAUCAAGUAGCUGAGCUUGAGCCAGGAAGCUACCUCAUGGAUUUAUGGAAUGGAACUUUUCCCAAGUGGCUUUCAAAUAAUACCAUAUAGACUGGAAACAUCUCAGA